UAUGGCGGAAUCGGCAGAAGAGGAGAUCGAUGUCGAAGGUAUUUCCGAUUGUCAGCAAGUAUCAAAUUUAAAAGACUUGGCUGAUGACGAUCACAAAGAUAAGUGGUAUGAUAAGGACGCCAGCAAUCAGAAUUUUUUUAAUCCCUCUGGAAGCUCAUUCUCGUCGGAAUAUUGCGAUCCUAAUUCAUGGCUUUUAGACACAAAUUCGGUUUGGUCCUUGGAUCCUUGCACUGAUGACAAGAGUCGUUCAGCUAUUGAGAAAAUGAUUCUAGAAGAACAAAUGUAUGCUUACAGGUCAACACCAAUCAAACUGGACAAGAUACCAGCAGGGGAGAAGAAAAGGCAAACUUGUGUUGGAAGGAAUUCAAAUUCAAAUGUGAAAAAGGGCAUCACCAAGUUGAACCCCAAAAGGGAACAACCUUCUGCAACUCACAGAAAACCUUGGACAAUUGAGGAACAAGAACUCUUUGAACAAGGAUUGGAAUUGUAUGGCCGAAGUUGGACAAAGAUCGCCAGCAUGAUUGAAACACGGACGGCUCUGCAAGUGAAGAAUUAUGCUAAGCAAUAUUUUAGACAAAAGAAUAAAACUUUCGCACAGUCAAGAGUAGCUGAAGAAGGACAGUCCAAUGAAACUAUUUUCGUUUCUGAAGUACAAAUACAGCAAGUCCUAGAUGACAAUAUCAUUUCGGAAGACGAUCCCGUGAUCCAUUCUACGUCUGUACUUCCUACAGUUGUCGUGGACAAGGCACAGGAUGAAUCUGAUGACGAAGAUAUUGAGGUGGACGUGGACGGAUCUGAUAGCGAACAGUCAGAUACACAUUUAAUUCCCGGUCAAACGACAUCAUGUCCUGAGGCUGUUUAUUCGGCCCUGGUUCACGCUGCAGAAGUAGAAAACCAACAGAUUAGUUUGGAAGAGAAUCCUGUCACUAUCCUUCCAGAAAGCAUGUCGCCGAACUCUUCGAAAACAGAGGCCAGCAUCUCUGCUAUCGAUGUCAGAUGUUCUCCGAAUUUGGAUAAUAAAACGCCGUCUGAAAAUAGAAAUUCCUCAUCUUUAUCAAAAUCAUUCCUGGAGGUGGCUUCUCUAAAGGAAACUAAUUCUAAAGAGGGGAAGAACUAUGAUCGUUUAUCUUAUGGUGUGGAAUAUGAAAAUCGUUUGCCAAAUGAAUGUGAAGAAGAAUCAUCUCUAGAGAAGCAGUGUUUCCCAAACGGACUCGCUAAGAGCUUAGAAGUAAUUGCGGACAACGAUUGUGUUCAAAAUAAAGAUACAGGCCACAAUUCUCGAGCGCUAGUCGCAAGUGAAAAAGAAGGUGAUGUAUCUGCUAGAGACUGGGAAGCAGUAACAAGUGGUGAAGUAACUAGCUCUGAACUGAUAGACUCUUUAGACCGGGAGCAGCCUGGGGCUGACGUGACUUCACUUAAACCAAUCACUAUCGACAGAAAUGUUAUACAGGACUUAGAGAAAGAUCACAAUGUGGAAUUUUUCAUGGGGCGUGCUCUAAAGACACCAGAGCGGUAUAUGAAAAUCCGCAACUACAUUCUCGACAUGUGGGAAAAAACUAAACCGAAUUUCCUUUUCAAAACGGCGGUACGGAGUGGGCUUCGAAACUGCGGCGAUGUCAACUCUAUCGGAAGAGUUCACGCAUUUUUAGAAGAUAUUGGGGCUAUAAACGAAGGUUGUUUGGAUAGACCAGUUCCUCGCGUCCGACAGCAAGACGAGGUUACAGAUGCAAAGGUAAACGUUCAUAUGGAAUCUUGGGUAAAUUCACUCAGACCGAGGAGAAAGCGACAGAGGAGUGAAGAGGGAGACUGGAUCGACCCGAGUAAAGCUGAAGGGAUGACGAUACAGCACUUGUCUCCUGACAAAGAAGCUUCACCCAAUGGAUCCUUGAACGAAAAGGGCUCCCCGUCAGUCCCCAGGAAAAGACCUUCCCGAAGCAAGCCCUCGUACGAUCCGUUCUUACUCGUUCCCUGCCGGAAGUUUCCUUCACUUGGUGCUGUGCCUUUUGAUGUUCACAUCCAAUCAGAGACCUUGGUGGUCAUGGACACGCAUGCGCACAUGUCAACCACUGAGGUGAUAGGUCUGCUUGGAGGACAUUACUCACAUGACUCGAGAGUAUUGAAGGUUUCCAAGGCGAUCCCUUGUCGUAGCUUAAGCACAGGACUGCAGUGUGAAAUGGACCCCGUAUCUCAAACGCAGGCCUCUGAAGACUUAGCGCUCCGAGGAUUGGCUGUGGUGGGCUGGUACCAUUCUCAUCCCACGUUCGCUCCCAUUCCCUCCGUGCGAGACAUAGAAACUCAAGCAAAAUUUCAGGAAUGGUUUGGAAAGGGCGGAGCACCCUUCAUUGGAAUAAUUGUCAGCCCGUACAAUUACAGCAAUCUGUCUAACCAAUCACAAAUAAGAUGCUUGACAAUCAGUGACGAGUGGGAGUCGGCUGGCCAGUAUAGAUUGCCGUAUCAGUUUAAUUACGAAGUGUUCAGAAACGAGGCUGAUGAAGAUGAUACGGUCGAACAAGUGAGGAACAUCGCAGACGACUACAGGAGAUAUCCAUUCCGUGUUCAAUUCAGCAGACGAUUUGGUGCAUCUGCAAACUUGGACCUCUUAGACAAGCUUUUGGACUCAUUGCGCGUCCGUCUAAGUGUUUCAUCCGAAGGCCAAAGAGAAGGAUUCUUAAACAGGUUAAAGAACGCCAUCUCGGAGAAUAUCAAAGCUCAUACGCCCAUAUCAGACAACAAGCCGCAAGAAGCGCUCGGGGCGACUUGUAACGACCAUUAAAUGAAUUUUCGGAUCGUUCCGUUGCAGGAAAUACUCAAGACCAUUCGUAUGCAUCUUGGCCGGACCAUUCUACUUAUUGAUUUUAUUAUAAUAAUAAUAAUGAUAAUUAUUGUUGUUGUUAUCAUUAUGAUUAUUAAUAUUAUUACUAAUAUUAAUGCGGUUGAUAUUACUCUCAGCUCAUACAUAUUAAAGAAAUUUUCUGUAAGAAUUAUUUACAUUUAACGAGUUCUUAAUCAUAGGAUUAACUUGACU